AUGGAUGAGGAAGAGAAACUCUAUCACUUCAUUGCGGAUGAGGAUGAAUGUGAUAACUUCGACGAUGAGUAUGAUGAGGAUAUACCACCAGAAAGUGAGAGCAAUAUGAUUGGAGUUAUGAGGAGAAUCUUGUAUAGUGAGCCUAAGAGUGACUUAAGGCAAAGAAACAAUCUAUUUCAUACUAGAUGCAAGGUUGGAGAGAAGACUUGUAAUGUUAUAAUUGAUGGUGGUGCCCAAACAGAUGUGAUAUCAUCCGAAGCUAUGACUACCAAAGAAAGCAGAAAAGUUAGAUUGUUGCCUUUACCUCCCAAAAUUGCUAAGAAAGAAAAAGAGAAAAGCAACUUCUUUGUAACUUAUAAUGAAUUUGAAAAAAUAGUGGAAGAAAUGGGGGGUGGGUAUGCUUUGGUUGUAAGGGCCAAAGAAGAAAAGGGUACUUCUUGUGAUAACUUAUCAUCCCUUAAUGAGUUAUUAGAAGAGUACAAAGAUGUUUUUCCAGAUGACUUACCAAAAGGCCUUCCGCCACUUGCCAUUGAUUUGAUUCCGGGGGCAUCCUUACCCGACAAGGCAGCCUAUAGAUGUAAUCUGGAAGAAAGUAAGGAACUUCAAAGGCAAAUCGAUGAAUUAAUGCAAAGGGGCUAUGUGAGAGAGAACAUGAGUCCAUGUGCCGUUCCCGCUCUCUUAGUACCAAAAAAAGAUGGUACUUGGAGAAUGUGUGUUGAUAGUCGUUCAAUAAACAAUAUCACAAUCAAAUAUAGAUUCCCUAUGCCUAGAUUGCAAGACAUGUUGGAUGAGUUGAGUGGUGCCUUAAUCUUUUCCAAAAAAGAUUUAAGGAAUGGAUACCACCAAAUGAGAAUUAGGGAAGGAGAUGAGUGGAAGACGGCAUUCAAAACAAAACAAGGGUUAUACGAGUAG